ACUUCCGGUAAGACGAAUCGACAGUAAGGGAGACGAUUCGUGUCGAUUCCAUCAAAGAGGGUUCUCGAAUCGACUUCCGGUUAGUCGAAUCGUCAACUCCAGAGACGAAUCGACUCUAGUUGGGUGUAUUGGACAACCCUCCAAUUUAAUUAAUACAAUUUGCGUCUGUCACGUCACUAACGGUAGAAUAGAUCUGACAGACGUUAAAAUGAAUAGGGCUAGUAAAGAUGGUCACACCCUUACCUGGCAUAGCAGUGCCAUAUAUAGAUAAUGUUCGUCUUUGUUUUAUCAUUGUAGGCUUGCCACUCUUAGUGAAAAACGAGUGAAACAAGAUCAGUCAAAAGUGGAAGACAUGCUUAGUUUGAACAGACAGUCAAAAGUGGAGGAGGACUUUGCCAAAUUUAUUGACGAAGCCAGGAUCGAUGUAAUUGAUAGACUCCAGAAACUCUGUCAACCAAAAGAGAAAAUUUACAUGGAGAUCUAUUACCCUAGACUAGCAUGUCUAAUUUUUGAGGCUGCCUACGAACGAGUGGUAGAGGCAAGAAAAGCCGCUGUUGAGUUUUGUAAGGAGAUGGCUAGAGGUGUGGUUAACUUAGCUCCAGAACAAAGCCGACAAUUUAGCCUCUAUGAAAAGGAGGGAUAUUCUUUCUUCAUAGUACCCGUUACCGUAAACGUGAGGCACCAAGAAUCACAGUACCCAGCAGAUGUCCUGGAAGCUCUAAUGCUGAAUUUAAAGGAGAGUGCACCGACCUGCAACCUUGAUUGCUUUUUGAACGAUGUUGUGCAAGUUGCUUGGAGUAAGUGGGGCGCGUGGCAGAUGGAGGAUACAUAUUUCCAGCUCUUACCAAGUACGCACAUACUACAUGAUCCAACAGUUGUUACCUACAUGAAAGCGUGCAUCAGACUGACAUGGAGAAUGGUUACUCAGAUCCCACCCAUGCAGAUAGAAUACAAAUCCUUGUAUCUGCAAAAUUUUCACACCAAAAUUGGCUAUCACAACAGCCCUUAUAUGCGUACAACGAUGCUGAGACCCUCCGGCCAAGAUCAAGGAGAGGAGAUUGCUUGUUACAAGUGGCCUGGACUGCUGGAUGGAGGAGGAAGACUGAUUCGAGCUGGCGAGGUUUUGUGCAAGAUAAAAGAUAAACGUUAAGAUAGAAAGAAAUAUAUAUGUUAUAGUGCACGCAUUUCACGGUCGCUCACGAUUUCCACCUGUUUCUUCCUCGUAAAUAAUCCAAACCAACGAGGGAAAUCAGCGAUUACCCUUUAAAGGGCCCUAGUCAGUCUCCGCCAUUUUCGAUGCCAUCAAAGUUAUUGAUAUUGCAUGGUGAGGCGAAAUCUUAUUGCCUUAUUGUAAGUUAUGUUCCUGAAAGUAUGUUUAAUUAUCUUGAGUAGUUUCACAGUGAUUCCCUUCGUUUCGACAAGCUCCGAGUAAAAUAUAAUAGCCAAACUCUCGCUUGUAAACAAAAACAAAGCUGUGACUGACUAGCCGGGGCACUGUAACAAUAUAUAUAAAGCCUGGGUCAUAUUGUUUCAUAGGUUAGUCGAUUACUUUAAAGUGCCACUAACACCAAAAAUUUUUAUUCCUCUAAUAAAAUCUACUAGUUUCCCUGAUUACUUCAGCAAAAAAGUAUCUCGAUUGAUAAAAUCCUUGCGUUUCUACAGGCAUUUGAACAUGUAAUUUCCAUGUUCACGACCGCACGAUGCAAAGUAGGAUCUGGGUCGGGCUACUAGUAACGUCACUUCGGGAACUGGGCUAAAACACUCAAGAGACAUUUUGACUGAGAUUCGAGGGCUGUCAAAACAUUUUUGGGUUAUUUGUGAUUCAUAUUUUAUCAAAACUGGACAAGAUUUUUAAACGAAAGAAAUGUAUCAUCAAGCAUUACCAUUCGAAGUCUAGCUACGAUUUGGACGGCUGCGAUGUACAUAUAUAUUUUUUUCCAUUUUGAAGUGCGGGUCGCCAGUCGUGAUCGCCGCGUUGUAAUUUAGGCCAGGAUCAGGAUCGAUAAUUUGCUGGUCCAUUUGGGUUAUAAAAGUACAAAUAAUUGCUGAAAACGGAUACCGUGACCUUAGAGCUCUUAAGGAGUUAUAAAGAUGUCAAUGAACACGAAGAGUUGGUAAUUUGACUUUAAGGAACGUGCAGAUUUCGGAGUGUCAAAACAUUUUAAGAUUCAAACAUUAAUUUCCCCAGAAAACAAGUUAAUAUGCGAUGCAGUCGAAACCUAUACUCCUGCCUACUUCUCCAGAUCAAUGACUGAAAAUAGUUCUAACAUAAGAGAUAAGCAGAGAUGUCGGCAAAAAAUAUCCAGGUAACUUUUCGCUUUAAUUGUUAUUGUCGACCUACCGUAGUAUAUGCAUAGUCAAUUACUGUGUAUGAACACACGCUACACAAAUCUGCAUAUUUUGUACUAGUAAAUCACGGAAAAUCCUUCGACAAGAUCUUGGAAAGAGGUUCAGUAUAGUAUCACUUAAAUGAAUACUGUUAUUUUGAAUGAAAUGUACAUUAAUUUUGACUUACGCUAAUAACUAGGAGUUCUCGACUUAUUAGUUUGCGUUUCGGUUGACUGACAAGCGGAUUCCUUCAGCACAAUCUACGUCGGUAGCUAUAGAGCCGAAUCUUAAUCGUUUGUUUCAGUUUCCUCAUAUAUUUAUAAAUGCUUAAUUCAUUCUAAGUUUGUAAUUUAGAUAUAUUUCCUUUCCCAAAGACGAAGCUCAAAGAACAACACAAUUCUCUAUUUGGAACGGCCAUUAAGUAACACGGCCGGAUUACGACCUCCGGCGUGCGUGUUUUUAUUAAAAUCCACGAAUACAUAGCUAGUUCACCAGUUCGACGCCUGAACAAUCUUAAUCCCCUCGUUGUAGAACGAAGGUUUCGUUUUAGUAUUCGUUGAGAAAAGUGCCUAUUAAAAACGCGAUUCGUUUAAUUUACCGUGUAAUUUCCUCACCUAUAGUCUGCGACUCGGAGGAUCGUUUGCGCUCGGAAUAGUCAGAAUAGUCGGAAUAGUGAGAUUUUUUCCAACUUAUCCCAAAUUCGUGUCUUAUGCAGUACCUUGACAAUGUUAAGCUUUCCACUAGAGAUAGAGAAGAAUGCACAGGCCAUGAAAAUCUCUAGGAUUUUACAGUAGCGGCGAACCCGAGAUCGAAGAAAUCCUCGAUGGCUCCCCGGCUGUAGCUUCGCACAGAUCAGCCCACUUCUUUGGUCUUUUCCUCGUUUCUGGUCGAGUUUCAUCGAGAUAGAGGCAUGGACGGAAGAGGAAUACUCUAUCCUACCCACCCUGUAUUGCUACAGCCUCAAACAAUACAUCUCCCUCGCAUUCUGCAACGAUUUUGACACACACUAUUGCAUGUUCGCAUAUAUUCUUCUCAGGAACAAAAUAUUGUUAUUCACUAGAAUAAGAAGCCAACUCGUCGCAUUCUCCGCUAUUCCUCGGUCGUGAACAUGGAAAAUGGCAAUUUUACAAACUUUGAAAAUUCAUAUAAAAUUGAC